CUGCCAACAUCAUUUGGUCCGUGUUUUACGGCGUUCCAGCCCCCUUUGUUGGUAUCAGGCCGAAGUCGAUUAGAGAGGGGCAUGCACGCGAAAGAAAGAAGAAAGCUGGGACAUAAAAUUGAUCCUGGCCCAGCAGUCACACAGAGUGUAUCUCAGUUCAGAUUGAAAUGAGUGUUUAUUGCGGAUAUGGUGAAUGAAUGUCGCAGCUUGAUCCUAAGCGACAAGCAAGAGUUUUAUGGGGUGAGCCACCUUAGGCCCAGGCUGGUCACGACAUUAAUAGGGUGCAAAUGAACCAAGAGUAUUUAAAUCGUCAUGAAUAGCAUGCCAACAUACAACUUGAAAUCCUGACGAAAGAAUAUCGUGCUCGGGUGUGACUUGUCCAGGGAAUUAUGAAUAAAUUUCUUACAUGUGCUCCAAAACUCGAGCGACUGUUUAUCUGGACAAGAGGCCAGAGCAGUGGAGGAACUGAAAGGUGGGAAUUGAAAGAAAAUGAUGAAGAAAAAGGUAUCAUCAUUGUUGAACUUGUCAAAGGGAAAAACCAGGGUCUUGGCCUCACAAUUUCAGGAGGCACAGACAAGCCAAAGCCACCUUAUGUUGCAAAUAUCAGAUCUGGAGGACUUGCAGAUCAGUCGGACUACUUCUGUGUUGGUGAUCUAAUCUUGGAAAUUAACGAGAAGGAUGUGACGAAGCUGAAGCACAGUGAACUGAUAAAGUUCAUCCAAGAGGCAGGAAAGCGCCUCUGUUUCAAGAUGCAAUAUAAGAGGCCAUCUGCAGGCGCGGUCAGCAAAACCACAACCCUUGACCUAUGCAAAGAGAACGGUGAAUUGAAAUUCACCUUGCGAGGGGGUCGAAGCAAGGAUGGUCGCGUGAAUAGGCCGUUUGUUGUUUCUGAUCUCAAACAGGAAAGUGAAGUUGCAAGUUGUGGAGAUCUCUUCGAAGGAGACAUAGUCUUGGCAAUAGACAACAAAAGCAUUGACAACCUCCACGCCUCUGAAGUCAAGUCAAUCGUUAAAGAGCUGAAAACACAGUAUUCGUUAAAGAUCCAAUUCAAUGUUGUAAGCCCAGAUUUGAAAGAAACACCUCGAGGCAGUGUCAUGAUGGAAAUUUCAAGACCACACGAAAGCAUUCAGCCCGGAAUGAAUUUGGAUGUGUCCCUUGAUCAUGAGCAACAAGGAAGUAUUGUGGUGAUCUCCAAACUGACGUCAUCAGGAUUGGCGACUCGAACGGGUGCGAUUUCUGUUGGGGAUCUUGUGCUGUCAAUUAAUGGCAUUAGUCUUGAUGGUAUGUCGGUAGACCAGGCUCGUAAAAUGAUGGAUACAUCUGGAAAAGUCAUUCAGCUAGAGAUUCUGCCAACGGAACAACCAGCUGUUGCAAGCGCACCCUCACAUGGAAGCAUGAACGAAUUUCUGCAAUUUCUUGCCAAGGAUAAACCACUGGAAAGCGACUUAAGGAUAAGAACACCUACACUACCCUUGGCGAAGCCAGCUCUUAGGCAGUACCCUUCAAAGACUUCGCUUUCGUCGCUCAAAAGACUAAACAGUAUGGACCGUAAUUUAAGCAAUCCGAAACCACAGGAGCUGAUGGCCUCGUAUCAGUUGAAUUACCGUAGUCUGAAACGCAAUGUACUACCAAAUACCAGAUUUGCAUCGUUCGAUGAUACCCGAUCUGUUAUGUCGGCUUCCAGUACAUUGUCACAAUGUAAUGUUGGUAACAUGUUAGCACGGACAGAGGUAACGGGCCUCGUGUUGAUUGCUGAAGAUGGUGAUUUUGGUAUCGAGGUUCAAGAUGGCCUAAGUGGAUUUGAUAUGAAUUGCAUUGUGGUCCGCGCUGUUUUGGCGGGAAAGGCUGCUGACAGGAGUGGAGUCCUUCAAGCUGGAGACAGAAUUCUUUCCAUAAGCGGCAUUAGGACUGAAUUUAUGUCAAGCGAAGAUUUCCAACGAGCUCUUUGUGAAAGCGGCACUUCUGUGAGAAUGGAAAUCGAAUUUGACGUAACAGAUUCGAUAGUGCCGAGCUCCGGAACAUUCACCGUGAAAAUACCGAGAUCCGAAAAUAGCGGAAUAAUCUUGGCAGAGACAAACAGAGAAGACACUGACAAAUAUCCCAGAGUUGUUGACAUCAAAAAAGCAAGUAUUGCCUACAGAAUGGGUAUUCUUGUUCCCGGCGAUCAGAUCAUCCACAUAAACGGCGCUUCUACAAGCGGAUAUUCUUUAUAUGAAGCAAAUGAAUUGAUAAGAAAAUGUUAUGAUGUUAUGAGAAUCACUGUGAAGAAAGACGAAGAAAUUCAAGGUAACACUUUUGGAGUAGAGUUCAAUCGGCGAGGCGAACCAUUAGGAAUUACAAUAUCAGGAUCCGAGGAGCCAUUUGACCCAAUUUACAUCACAUCGAUUGCAGAAGAAAGUAUUGCUGGCAGGAGUGGUGCGGUGUUGGUUGGGGACAGGCUGUUGGCAAUAAACGAAGUUACGCUGCGAGGGAAACCUCUUUGGAAGGCGUUUGAAUCCUUAAGAAUGGCUGGUGAUAUUGUCAAAUUGCUGAUUAAAAGAACCACUGCAGCCUCAGUUCCUAGACAUUCGUAUGAAAAAAAUCCUGCUGUUGACAGCUGCGAAAUGACGUCUGCUUCUAUAUCGAGAGAUGUUCAACAGUGGGUUAUGAAUAGCAACAAUCUUGAGGAUAUAGUCGAAAAGGAACGAUGUCCCACAUCCCAAGGCUCAGCAAGUACCGAGAGUUAUUGUGACAUAAGCGACAAUGUUGAUACUCAAAGCAGUGCAAGUGACCGGCCUAGCAGCACCAAAAAGCGUGUUGCAAAGAGACCUAUGCUUCCUGCUUGGCAACGAGAAUGCCUAAAAAAUUACGACGAUUGUGCAAGUAGCGAAGACCGAUACCAAGAAUUCACAAAAAGCGAAAAUUUCUCGCGGGCAUUUGAUUCCGACAUGCCUAGACCACUGUUUGAGACCGACGGGCGUUCAGCCUGUGACGUCAGGCUCAAGAACGCUUUUCAGCCUAUCGAUGACAAUGAUAGUGGGAUGCAGUUCAGCUGGAAUCGUGCGUUGUCGUCAAGUCGCAAAGAGGUUGUCGUGUACGACUCUUCGGAGGCGGAUUGCGAUGUCUCACCGAAUGUUGCAGGGUACCCCGGUGCCGACCUUUUCCAAAAGGAUACGGAUAAUCUUCAUCGAAUUCUUGAUAAUCCGAAAAGAUCCCUUCCAUUCUACGAGGAUAAUGAAAUAUCCGAGAAGAACACACGCUACCUAUCGCCAGAAUUUCAAAACGACUUUCGUGUCGAUGAAAUAGUCGAUGGCGGGCGGUCACAGUGUUACGAGGAUUCUCAAACAGCUGAAACCUAUCUUAGUAAACGAAAGUUAAAGUCCAGCAUCGGAAAAGAAAACAUGGGCCUCCCUAAAUCAAGUACUACUCGCAUGGCGAAUCUUGAUUAUAAUAAGUCAAAAUCGAGAUUGCCAAAUCAAGGUUCAGUAAGAGGCCUUUCGCAAGCUGUCGCAUUUUUUGAAAAUUUGGAGAAAAUUAAAUUGCCGGAAAGAAAAUCAAAUCGUAGUAGCUCUUUGAAGAGCUUUAAAAAUCGGGAUGCAAAGUUUUCCGACAGCGAAAAAUCGCAUACGUCGCUAACAAAAUCGCCCUUUCAGUUAGGCAUGACAAAAAGCGAAAGAUAUUUGCGAGAAUUCGAGCGCAAAACUGAAGCAGAAUAUAAGGAAAUAAAGGAGAAGUUAGGAGAAUCUUCCGUGGAAUCAAUCGCUGAUAAAGCACCAAACUUAGGCCCGUCGUUCAAACUUGAUAAGUUUUCGCGGUUUGACAGUGGAUAUUCAACAGCUGACGCGAAAAUUGAAAGUCCAUCAGCGCCAAGUCAUAGCAAACUCGGAAAGAAAUUAGAACACGGCAUUGAAUCAAACAAUGAUGACAAGCUUCGGACCUCAACGCACCGAAUCGUCCUAACAAAAAACGAGUUUGAUAAAGACUUUGGAUUUAGUAUUUCCGAGCGAAUCGACGGCAAAGGUAUAUACGUAAACUCUAUUCAGUCAAAUACUGGAAAAUCAGGCAAACUGAAGAAAUAUGACAGGAUUAUGCAGGUCAAUGGUAUCAAUACACGCGAACUAACAUGUGACCAAGUGGUCCCACUUUUACAACGGGCUGGCAGGAGGCUGCAACUGGUUGUUCAAAGAGUGCAGCGUGAUUAUGUUUGAUGUACUUUAUAAUUCAUUUUUAUAUUUGUAGUAUAAAUCAAUUUUAUAAUAUCUAUUUAUUGAGAAUUUCAAGAAUGUUUUAUCAUUUACAGAUAGGUAGCUUAUAUUUUUAAUUAAUGACGAGUAACUUCAUAUUUAGGCUCUACAACCGUUUUUAUGUUAGGCCAUGUGUAUUUGUAAAAAUGUAAACAUCUUUUGUUAUUUGACGAAUACAGGCAAAGUCUAAUACAAUUUAAAUGGAGCAUUUCAUGCAGCUGUGAGAUGAUUUGUUUAGAAAAGUUAAUAUAAAUAAUUAUCUUCUCAGUGAUCCACAAGACCGAUAGACAGCCAAUCGAAUAUUCCUGUAUAUUCAUGACUUGCAAUAUGCCUGUUUGCUAUCCGGGAUACUUCGAGGUUGGAAAUAAUGGCCUUCCAAACCCUCCUCCAUGGAAUAAACGGGGAUGUGCUUGCAAAGACAUUUUGAAUUCCGUAAUUUCUGUCGAAAUAUUUUGGAAGACAAUGGUCUUUUGCUCUAAAACAAUGUGAAAAUGGGACAUCAUCUUAUCAAAACAAUAGGUUUGCCCCCCCCCCCUCCCCAAUAUUUUAUCAAGUGUCCGCCCCUGAUUUCAACAAUAGGCAAUGCUCUGUUAUACUUCUCAGAAUCAUUCCUUCCAAUCGCCGCUACUUUGGCCUUGUACUUUAUUGUCACAGUGUACUGUCAUUAACCUCUAUGAAGAGAGGUCCUGUUUUUUACCAAUGCAGCGCUAGUUUUUUGCCUAGAUGCCACAUAUUUUUUAUAAAACCACGCAUGAGUUUAUUAUCAGCAUGUAUAAUUAUUCUUAAAAAGGCCACAGAAAUGUGAUGUCAACGUGGAGAAGAGCCAAAGAAGCACAGGCUUUAAGAAUAUCUAUCCUAUUACAGCCACUGAUCGUUAUGCUGCAAUAGGCCAAACCACAGCUAUUUAAGCGCUGUUUCGUUUGACAAGCUUGUGGUUGCAUUUCUCGUUAUGUCAACCCAAUUCUUCUGGAUUGAUAUUCUUGUGGCAGUAUUUUCAUCCCUUCAAAGGCAGACUCGCAUUCCAUUCCAAUUGUGUGGUUUUUUCAGUUAUGAAGGGUGAUGUUUUCGAGACUGUUGCAAUGCAUCUGCCUAAACAUAAUAAUUUUGUUACAAUUUUUGAGGAUCCACUUUGCUAUUUUAUUUUACAAGCAUAGAAACUCAUGAAUCUAGUAACAGUCGCGAAAAAUUCACCCUUAAAUGGGUAUUUUGGUUGUCUGUUGUCUUUUCCUUUCACAGAGGAUGGCGUUAAACAGCCCAUCGAUAGACUUCAUUUUUACUUACUACUUUGGUGUGGUUUGUUAGUGUUCAGUCAUAUGCAUACGAAAACAAUGCCUGAACAUGUUUGAAAACUUUCCGAUACAUUUUGUAAGCUAAUUUUGUAAGCUGUAAAUAACAAUAGGAAAGUAAUAUUAUUUUUUGAGCUUUUCUUGUCAAAUAAACCCAUAGAAGAGAUUUAUUGCGUUAUUAGAUUUGCACGUCCACGCCUAUUCACCCAAACACCCCCCUCCCCCUCCCUCCCCAUCAUAAUAACAUAAGGUCAAAUUACCAGUGUUAAUUAUGUUCCAAGGGGCCACCGUUCUUCUGGGUUGUUGAAUAAAACCCUCUUCACAACGACAUUAUUUGAUAAUAAGUACUCACUUUUUUAAUAUCAAUUCUGUUUUAUUCAAUCAACUCCAAGUAGUGACACUUCCUUUAUAUCUAAAAGAUUUUCCUUAUCUUUUCACAACAUUACAAAAGUUGAUGAACGCUCGUAUAAAAUUUUGUGGUCAAUUCUCUUAAAGGUUGUUAAGGCAUUGAAUGUCUCUUUAUUAGUUUUUUGCAUAACAUUUACUACCAUAUUGUUUGUAUUGUCUGAAAUUUAUGCUAAUCUUUUUAUUAAAUGAUAUAUUUUACAAACAUGUUUGCUUCUUUGUGUCUUCUGUUUGACGUCAUAGGUUUCAAAACCUGCUUUAUUCUGAAGCAAAACAACACUGUUUUAGCUUUUUCCGCUUCGAGUGUCAUGAGAAAAACCACAUAAAGCCAGUUUAUUGUCUGCCGAAGCCUCUGCGGAGGACUGGAACAGAGUACCCUUGUCUUGUGAUCGAACAAGGGUAAUUCACAAGCUAGGGUCUGUGUAAUAUAUGCAACGCAAAGACUCUCUCGUGUUCAGUACAUUAAUGAUAAUCAGCACAAACGUUACUUCUACAUAAUCACAUAGGUCUAAACGAAGCUUAUCUAGUAGUAUGAUGGGAUUAGACUGGGGAUACCGUUAGCAAGUGUCAAGUGUCGGCCCCCCGCAUCUGCAUCCUGUCUUUUUCAGCAUUUUGAAUUGUGAAUUCUUCCUUCUUUUGUAGCAGUUACAUUUAAGAACUAGUGACCUCAGUUGUUUCAAUUUCAUUAACUUAAUCACUUGGUAUCAUAGAUUAUGGUAAACCUAGUCCAAUUCAUGUACUCGUUUUUUUAUUUUUUUAUUAUUCAUAACUUAAAUUGUAAUUCUUGUUGGUUGAAAUGAAAACUCUUAUGUCUUAUGUCUAUGUCUUAUGUCUUAUGUCUCAUGUCUUAUGUCUUACGUCUUAUGAAUGUUGACAUUUUUUGUCAUUUUUAACUGACACGCCUAGAUGUAAUGCUGAACAGAACAGAGGUGCCGUCUUUAAAAAUUUGAAAGGGGCUGUGCUUUUGGAAGCUUCUAGAAGCCACACACAAACACAAGACCACACCCUUGACCGCACCCUAUAUACUUGCAGUUGUGUUGCCUUUCUGCGAUUGCAAAAUAAAAGGUAUUCGCAAAACCAAACAUAUACUGGCUUGCUAAGGGUUCGUUGACCCCCAAAAUCUCCCUUUUAACAUAGGGGGCUGUCAAAGAACUUCGCAGGCGCACAUUAUUUUGACGUCAUGUUUUGGUUUAUCGUUCAGUAAGUUGCUAAGAGAUGAUGUAUUCGCACUAGAGUCAUUAAUAUUUUCACCUUUUAAGUUUUUGACGCACAUCUAUUGUCACAUUUGUAAGGAUUAAACGCACUACACCCAUUUUGUAAGAUCUUGCAUUUUCAUUGGUCAAGUAGUGAUAAUCUUGUGAUCAGGGCCGCCGAGA